UCGGGACAGGACUGACCUUUCCUCCGCGGUCAUACCGAGAGAAAGAGAGCGGAACAUACAUCAGCAGCCAAUCUCGAAUUUUACCUAUCAGCUACAACAUCAAAGUAACAGCGCGGCGGUAUUAUAACGUCACAAUUGCACAGCGUCAUAGUGGCAACAGAGCUGCGCUGAGACGGACUGUAGCCGGAGCACACCGCCGGUGAUGAGGAUUGUUGCGUGCCUGCCGCAUCUCUCUCGGAUCGUGCAGAGAAAGCGGGCUGUUUCUGCACAGAGAGUUUACUAAGACGCAAGGAAGGAGCAAAGAAAAUAAGAAAGCUGUUGUUCGGGGGUGGAAUGAACCUGUUCAGUGCCAUGUUCCUCCUGCUGAUGUUAGCCUGCAUUCCGUGUGAGGCCCUGUACCCGAGCCCAGAGGAGGGCUGGCAGAUCUACAGUUCUGCGCAGGAUGCUGACGGAAAAUGUAUCUGCACGGUGGUGGCUCCGGCCCAGAACAUGUGUAACCGAGACCCACGGAGCAGACAGCUUCGCCAGCUCAUGGAGAAAGUCCAGAACAUCACUCAGUCCAUGGAGGUGCUUGAUUUGAGGACGUAUCGAGACCUGCAGUACGUCAGGGACACGGAAAACCUCAUGAAAACGGUGGACGGAAAAUUGAAGACAGCUUCCGAUAACCCUCGCAGCGUCAACCCCAAGAGCUUUCAGGACCUCAAAGACAAGGUGACUCAGUUGCUCCCCCUGCUGCCAGUGUUAGAACAAUACAAAACAGAUGCACAAAUGAUCCUGCGACUGAGAGAGGAGGUGAGGAACCUGACGCUGGUGCUCAUGGCCAUUCAGGAGGAGAUGGGAGCCUACGACUAUGAGGAACUCCGACAAAGAGUGCUGCUGUUAGAGACACGCCUCCACUCCUGCAUGCAAAAACUGGGAUGCGGGAAGCUGACUGGUGUCAGUAAUCCCAUUACUAUCCGUGCAUCGGGCUCUAGGUUUGGUUCCUGGAUGACAGACACCAUGAUCCCCAGCUCUGAUAAUCGGGUGUGGUCGAUGGACGGCUACUUUAAAGGCAGGCGUGUGCUGGAGUAUCGCACCAUGAACGACUUUAUGAAGGGCCAGAAUUUCGUGCAGCACAUGCUGCCUCACCCCUGGGCCGGCACUGGUCACGUGGUCUACAACGGCUCCCUUUACUACAACAAGUACCAAAGUAACAUCCUGAUCAAGUACCACUUCCGGUCACGCAGCGUCCUGGUGCAGCGCAGCCUGAGCGGCGCCGGAUACAACAACACCUUCCCGUACUCCUGGGGUGGCUCAUCCGAUAUCGACCUAAUGGCUGACGAGAACGGCCUGUGGGCCGUUUACACCACCAUCGCCAACGCCGGCAACAUUGUCAUCAGCCGGCUGCAGCCUGAGAGUUUGGAGGUGCUGCAGACCUGGGACACAGGCUUCCCCAAGCGCAGUGCUGGCGAGUCCUUCAUGAUCUGCGGCACGCUCUACGUGACCAACUCACACCUGGCCGGCGCCAAGAUCUACUUUGCCUACUACACCAACACGUCGACCUAUGAGUAUACGGACAUUCCGUUCCACAACCAGUACUCGCAUAUCUCCAUGAUGGACUACAACCCACGUGAGCGAGUUCUUUAUACCUGGAACAACGGCCACCAGGUGUUCUACAACGUCACGCUGUUCCAGGUCAUCAAGACGUCCGACGACUGAGGCUCUCGUACGAACACAUCCAGCAAACAUUCGACUGCAUUACAUACUUACAAAUGCGUGUAUACAUACGUACAAAAAACUGACGUAGACUAGAAGGACAUGACUGGGUGUAGAUGUUUUUUAUUUUUACAUCUUCAUAGAGUGCUAUUAUUCACAUAACAUCCCCAAACCGGCACACCGCCAGCAACGUUGGUGCUGAUAUAUGGACCGAGCUUUUGCUUUUUCAUUUCUGUACUGAGUGAGCAUGACACUUCUUUUUAUUUGUGAACAGAAAAAAAGAAUAAAUGUUGACCUUUAA